CCAAGUGGAUAUGAGUAGUCUGUGAUGUGGCUUGGAGUCGUACUUUAAACAAAGUUUAUAUUCUGAUAUAUAUGACGGAAACACAAGAUUAUAAGCGCGACCUACAAAGAUAAAACUACGGCCAUUCUGGCAACGACAUGUACACUGAAAUGGCAGUCACCUGCCCUCUAUAAAGGGUAGGCUUUUGCUUGUGGGUUUUUUUCCACGCUUGAGGACGAGUAGCUACAUUGUAACUGAGUUGCGUAGUUCACAGAAGCCCCAUGUUUUCGCCGAACCAAGAGGAGCACUGCGCCCCCACGAAAGAGCCAGUGAAGUACGGAGAGCUGGUGGUUUUGGGGUACAAUGGAUCCCUGCCCAAUGGUGACCGGGGUCGAAGGAAAAGCCGCUUCGCUCUGUACCGGAGGGCCAAGGCCAACGGUGUCAAGCCCAGCACCGUACACAUCCUCAACUCUCCGCAGGCUAGCAAGGUAACCACCGUACACAUCCUCAACUCUCCGCAGGCUAGCAAGGCGGUGAGCUGCAGAGGGCAGCACAGCAUCUCCUACACUCUCUCCCGGAACCAGACGGUGGUGGUGGAGUACUGCCAUGACAAAGACACUGACAUGUUCCAGAUCGGGAGGUCCACGGAGAGCCCCAUCGACUUUGUGGUGACGGACACGGUUUCGGGGAGCCAGGGGGGCGAGGAGACCCCCAUCACGCAGAGCACCAUCUCCCGCUUCGCCUGCAGGGUGGUCUGCGAGCGCAACCCGCCGUUCACGGCCCGAAUCUACGCAGCCGGCUUCGACUCCUCCAAAAACAUCUUCCUGGGGGAAAAAGCAGCCAAGUGGAAGAACCCGGAUGGUCACAUGGACGGGCUGACGACCAAUGGCGUGCUGGUGAUGCACCCGAGGGGCGGGUUCACGGAAGAGUCCAAGCCUGGCGUGUGGAGGGAGAUCUCCGUGUGUGGGGACGUCUACACCUUGAGGGAGACCCGCUCUGCACAGACCCGUGGCAAGCUGAUUGUCUGUUUUGUGUGGAAAAAAGGGAAAUUAAACGGUCGUAUUUGUCCCUUGAGUGAACCCUUGCGAGGAGCAUUUAUCCCAGCAGUGGACAGCGAGAGCAACGUGCUGCAGGACGGCUCCCUGGUGGAUCUGUGCGGAGCCACCCUGCUGUGGCGCACGGCCGACGGGCUCUUCCACACGCCCACCCAGAAGCACCUGGAGGCGCUGCGUCAGGAGAUCAACGCCGCCCGGCCUCAGUGCCCCGUGGGCCUCAACACGCUGGCCUUCCCCAGCAUGCAGCGUAGCCGCGCCCUCAGCUCGCUGGAGGACAAGCAGCCCUGGGUCUACCUGGCCUGCGGCCACGUGCACGGCUACCACAACUGGGGCCACCGCUCGGAGCAGGAGCCCAACGCACAGCGGGAGUGUCCCAUGUGCCGGGCGGUGGGGCCCUACGUGCCCCUGUGGCUGGGCUGCGAGCCGGCCUUCUACGUGGACACGGGCGCGCCCACCCACGCCUUCGUGCCCUGCGGACACGUCUGCUCUGAGAAGUCGGCCAAGUACUGGGCCGAGAUCCCGCUGCCCCACGGCACCCACGCCUUCCACGCCGCCUGCCCCUUCUGCGCCUCCCCACUCAGCCUGACGCAGGGCUGCGCCAAGCUCAUCUUCCAGGGGCCCAUCGACUGA